UCAAGUUCAACUGCAAAUUUACCGGCAUCGGGCAUUCUCAUUGCAUUAGCGAUUUGUAAAAUCCAACCAACUCAACUAACUAAAGAAAAACUAAGAAAAGUCUAGAGUAGACCCAACUCCGCAUCCCACUGAGAUCCUUUUAUCGGUUCAAUAAAAUAUAAAAAUACAUAUUAUUUACAUUUCAAUUUGAUCUUUGUCUUUUUAUAAACCAAAAACACCAAAAAUGCCAGCUUUGUUGCCAUUGGAAUCAAACCCAGAUGUCCUCACUAAGUACAUACACAAAUUGGGUGUGUCGGACGAUUGGUCAUUCAUCGAUGUCGUCGGGCUGGACCCUGAAAUGCUGGAAUGGAUUCCCAAACCUGUAAAGUCCAUCAUUUUGCUUUUCCCUUGUUCAGAAGCUUACGAAAAACAUCGUUUGGAAGAAAAUGAGAAGCUAUCCGGCAACUUGCCAAAGUUUGCUGCCGACUUGUUUUACAUGAGACAGUUUACCCAAAAUGCAUGCGGAACAGUUGCUUUGAUCCAUAGCAUUGCAAAUAACAAAGACAUCCCUUUAAAAGAUGGAGUUCUUAAGACAUUCCUAAAAGAAUCUCAAUCGCUCGAUCCCGAAGAACGUGGAAAGGCUUUGGAAAAAGAUUCCACAUUCCAAGAUUGCCAUCAGGAUCUAGCACAAGAAGGACAAACUGAAGCUGACCCUCAGGAGAAAGUCAAUCACCAUUUCAUUGCAUUUGUUCAAAAAGAUGGUGAACUAUAUGAGAUGGAUGGACGAAAGAACUUUCCAAUUAAGCAUGGUGUAACGUCUGAUGAAAAAUUUGUUGAGGAUGCCGCAAAGGUUUGCAAAGAAUUCAUGGCUCGUGAUCCUGAAGAGCUGCGUUUUACUGUAAUGGCAUUGGCCCCAACCCAAAACUAAAGAACCUGCCAUUGGUUACUUUGCAUCAUUCGUUUGACUGUGCAUUAUUUUGUGUUUCUUUUUUAUGUGCUCAGCUUGAAAUGUCUCAGUCGCUAUUGAUUAGCUUUUUUAAAAAAAAUUCUGUGUUAUCUGUGGUUUUCAAUUUAAUUGGAGGCAUAUAAUGCUACCAAUCACGCUUUUAUUUUGUCUGAAUUAAUAUUAAUUUCCUUAGCUUUUGUAUGAAUUUUAAAUAAUAAAUGUACGAACAAAAACUA